CCUUUCUGUAAAUCGGCGCAAUGUCAGUUAAGACGACGUUUGAUGAGCAAACACAAAGACCAAGUGCUGGUGCAGGAAGCCUUGUCCCACCCAGAAGGUUCCAAAGAGAGAGAUAAUGCGUUCGAUAGAAUACGCAAAGAUGGGAUUUAUCUAUUCAACAAAGAACAAUCCGGAACCAGCGUACUUAUCGAAAAGAAAAGGCUGUGCACUGGUGAUGGGGAAUUCGAGCGUGAAAUCCUCAGUAGAUUUCAUGACAACGAUAUAGGUGAGGUGUGCCGAAGUGAAGCCUUAAUGUUCAUUGGAAGAAGUCUUUACCAAGAACAGAAGGGUAAAGUUGGAAAGGAUAUGGAAGUCAAGAAGUCAGUGAUGUCUGACAUGCGCUCGCUGGCAAGAUUGUAUACAGCGUUCAAAGAAUUCAUGCCCACCAGUCACAACAUAGAAGACAUGUUUAUUAAACCAUCAAGCAAAAUGACAUGUGACUUCACACUCAUUGAUCGAAAAGAGUUUGUUCUGCUUCUUGACAGUCUGUGUAGCAGAUUAACACUGCUUAAUGCAAGACGAGGUGGUGAGCCCAGUCGCUUGAAAAUCGCACACUAUCUGUCUGCGAAGGAGGGGAAAUGGGUCGACAACGAUAAUGUUGCUAAUCUCUCUGAAUGUGACAAGAAACUUUUUUCAGAGAUGAUCAUUGGGUAUCAGCCAGGAAAAGGCAAUCAUCUCGUACCUGUUCUCAUUCCAAAGGAUUGUGUUCGCGGAUUGGACAUUUUGUGUGACCAAGAUGUUCGAAAAAAUGUUCAAGUCCUCGAAACAAAUGACUUUUUGUUCCCGCACACAUCACUUUCACACGAUCACGUUGGUGGGUGGACUUGUAUCAAUAAGAUGUGUUUAAAUGCAAAAUUACUGCAUCCAGAAAAACUUACAGCAAGCAAGCAGAGGCACAGAAUCUCUACUUUAUACAGCGCACUCCAAGCCCCCGAAUCAGAAAAGCAAUAUUUUUACAAGCAUAUGGGCCAUUCAAAGGACGUGAAUCUGGGUACAUACCAGUAUCCGCAACCAAUAAUGGAGGUAAUUAAAGAGCAACACGAAAAGGCACCAUUCAAGAGACGACAUUACGUGAAUCAGGAACAGAAUAUGCAAUCCAAGAAGAUGACUCGUGCUUCGUCAGACCGUGAGCUGCAAGACCUGUAUUUCAACAUCUACGACGAGCGAGAGGCAGCAGGGUUCGUCCUCCCAUCUAACGUAUUCAAGAAGGACCACAUCCCCCUCCUGCAGUCGGUCCUUGUAAACAACAUAGUAUUGAACUGCAGAGAUGAACUGAACCAGUUCAUUGAAGGUCUACAAACUCACUAUGUUCUGACCAUGGUGAGAGAGGAGAAGCUGUCCUGUAUGUUUAACCGUCGUAAGCCUCCAGUCACCGUUGCUGAUGUCAGAGGUCUUCUAAACUUCAAAUACCGCCAAGACAUCAACCAAGAGGCUGACCGUAAAACUGGCCAGCAGUUUGUCAGAUUUCUGCAGGCGACGAAAGGUGAUGGCGCCACCGUCAACGGGAUUACGCUGAAGCCCCACGAUGUCCUCAUGUGGAUGACAGGAUCAGCAGAAAUCCCGGCUUUGGGUUUCCACAAGCUAAUAGACGUAGAGUUUGUUGAGAAGGAAAGGAAACAACCAGUAUCAUCUUUGCUUUUAAAGUUCCAGUCACUGAGGAUUAGGACGAAGAAAUUAAGUGGUCUGAGAAGAAAAAAUCACAAAAUAGAGCAAAUGUGGCCAGAGGUCAACCAGCAGGUUAAUUACCCUCUAAAGCCAGUUUUGGUAGACAUGGUCAACCAGGAUCAGCUGGACAAGGAUGAUCAACUGGUGAAGUUCUGUGUUUCCAGCCUUCUGUUACUGAUAGCAGAAUACGACACGCUUUGUGCAUUCCUGGAAUAG